AAGAACUUACAGCACCAGUGUUCACAGCAUCAUUUCUUGCUUUUGAACAUGUCCGGGCCAAGAGUGUGGUCUCGUUUUUCCGCAAAAGCAUGUGAUGGAACAGUGUUGAAGUUUCGCAUAGAAGAUAUGACAGAGGAUAGAAUAGAAGAUGUCAUGACGUUGUUAAUGACCCAUUUUGCAACGGAAGAGUCGUUGCACAGAGGUUCAGGUGUACCCAAAAAUCCCAAAGCAAUGGCAGAACUACAAGAAAUUUAUAAGGAACUUUGGAAUGAAAAGCCAAAUCAAAUAGUCAUUUGUGUCUCGGACGAUGAAACUACAACUAAUAGUGAAUUACUUGGCGCAUCAGUGAUGGAUUUAGAAACAAGAGAAGAAGCAUCUAAAGAAAUAAGACAUGAUAAUGCGACCACUGAAGAAAUCAAGAAAUUCCUCGAAAUAAUCACCUGUCUAUUUACGAAAUACAAUGUUUUUGAUAAGUACGAUCUGGAUAAAUUCUACGAUGAUAGAGGUGUUGUGGUUCUACCAAAAUGUAGAGGUCUUGGUAUUGCUCAGGAGUUCUUCAGAGUGAGACGACUGAUGUGCAAGGAACAUAAUAUCCCAAUGACCGGAGGAUGGAUGACGUCAUUUGGAUCACAGAAGGCAGCCAUCCGUGACAACUGGGAAACCGUAUUCGAAAUAAAUUACGAAGAUUUUGGGAAGGAAGUAGGAGUUAAAUUUGAAAAUGUACCACCUACAUGUAUAUUUAUGAUUGCCAGAGGCGAAUAAAUAGUUUUAGUUUUUUCAUAAAUUCCAAAAGUAAAAGAAAUUUAAGUAAAUGCCAUAAAAGUAACUACAACACGAAUGACGUAUAGUUAAAGCUAUAAUGCCUCAUUGAGACUAUCCUCGAAUAAUUCGAUCAGUUCACGAAUUUAUGACUAUGAAUUGUAAGUUAUGAAUAUACUCAACUAAGCUGUUUACACAUUCGUGCUCGUGUCUAUUCGAAUGUACUCGACAAGUAUCUCAGAUGUAAAACUUGCCACAAAACAAACCUCAUAAUUAUUUAGAUAAAAGGAAAUAGGAUUGUUACUAUCAAUGACGAAAUGGGCCCUUAAUGGUAAAAGGUUUUUGUAAUUAUUAUCGUGCUAUCAAAAAUACAAUUUUAUCGGAUCAAUUUUAUUUGCAUUAAAUAAAUUAAGAGCAGCAUAACACACUUUUUAUUUGCUUCCGUCAUGGAAUGUAAGUUUUUUUCUUUUGUUCUUUACUUACCAAUAAUUACUGUUUCGCCUACUUGGGCGAGUGGCAGCCCAUACCGGUUGUAGACAAGAGGACCUGACUUUGAAUCAAAAUUUUGGCGAUAAUUUGUGUGGGUUUGUCUAGAUCUUAAACAGGGGAUUGACGUCGGGUAGACGGCUGGACUUAAAAAUUGGGAGGAAGGAACUAACAAAGAUUAAAGUGGGAUGCGUUCCACAUUUUUAUUCUUAUUACAUUUUCUACCAGUCAAAUUUCAAAAAUAAGUUCCUAAGCAUCAAAUCGACGAAAUAUCUUUGUUUUAUCUAUUAGCUAAUGUUUAAUGUAGCAUUAAAUAUAUGAACAUUGUA